CUCAUAACUUCCAAAGGCAAUCCCACUCAAUAAAGAGAGAUCUUCACUCGAAAAAUAAGUAAAUAAAUAAAGCGUACAGAAAAUAACUGCCGAAAAUGGGCGAUAGCAAUAACAAAAUAACGGUGGCCGCCACCUUCCUCGUGGUGGCGUGCCUGGUCUCCGCGGCGGCGGCAUACGGCGACUCCCCCCAGAUCGACGCCAUGUGCUCCAACGCCGAAUACAAGGAGACCUGCCAGAAAACCCUCGCCAGCGCGAACAACACCGAGCCCAAGGAGCUUCUGCUCUCGGCCUUCAACUCCACCAUUAGAAACCUCAAAACCGCCAUCAGAAAAUCGAAACUCUACAACGACGCGGCGGCGGAUCCGCGCACGAAGGGGGCCUUGGCCGUCUGCGAACAAGUGCUCAACACCACCGUCGAGAACAUGAGAAGAUCUUUCAGACAAGUCGACAAAAUCGACGUUAACCAAAUCGACGACUACGUCGACGACGUCAAGGUCUGGCUCAGCGCCGGCCUCACCUGCAAGGACACCUGCGUCGACGCCUUCGAGAAUACUACCGGGGAAACCGGCGACAAGAUAAAGGACUUGCUCAAGACUUCCGGCGAGCUGCUCAGCAACGGCCUCGCGAUAGUCUCCGGCGUGUCGAAGCUUUUCGAGUCACUUGAUAUCGGAAAACUGCUCAGCGGCUCGAAAAGGGUACUCGAACAAACGGUGAAGGACUCCGUCCACGGUGGAGCCCCCGGUUUCGUCGGCCACCAUGCCAGGAGCCUCCUCGGCGCAGCGCCGGGGUCGUUCACGCCGAAUGCGGUGGUGGCGCAAGACGGCAGUGGGAAGUACAAGACCAUCAAGGAAGCCAUCGCCGCCGCUCCCUUGAAUAGUGAUAAGUUGUUCAUUAUCCAAAUUAAGGCUGGCGUUUACAAGGAGGUUCUCAAGGUCCCCGGCGGUGCCAACAACGUCGUCUUCGUCGGAGAAGGGCCCACGAAGACUGUCAUCUCCGGCAGCCAGAGCUUCGCAGGGGGAAUUCCAGCCUUCCAGACUGCAAUCCUCUCCAUUGAUGGUGAUGACUUCAUGGCGAAGGACAUCGGAAUCGAGAACACGGCCGGAGCCUCCGGCCGGCAGGCGAUAGCGGUGCGCGUCUCGGGCGACAAGGCCGUGUUUUACAACGUGCACAUGAGCAGCUACCAGAGCACCCUCUACGCCCACAUCUACCGCCAGUUCUACCGCGACUGCCGCAUCACCGGCACCAUGGACAUCAUCUGGGGCGACGCCGUGGCCGUCUUCCAGAACUGCAACAUCGCCGUCAGGCAGCCGCUGCCCAACCAGAUCUGCUCGCUGACCGCCCAGGCCCGCAACGACACCCGCGGCGUGGGCGUCACCGUGGUCCAGAACUGCACCAUCACGGCGGAGAAGGAGUUCUCGGCCGCCAAGCCCCCGGCGAAGGCGUACCUCGGCCGGCCGAUGAAGGAGUACUCGAGGACGAUCGUGAUGGAGUCGAGCAUCGACGGGUUCAUCGCGCCGGAGGGGUGGACCCAGUGGAUGGGGACCUACGGCCUCGACACGCUCUACUACGGCGAGUACAAGAACCGCGGGGCCGGGGCGGACACGUCGAAGCGGGUGACGUGGAAGGGUAUCCAGAAGAUGACGCCGGAGCUUGCCGAUAGCUUCACUCCGACGAAGGUGUACGCCGGCGAUGACAGCUGGGUGAAGAACACCGCAAUUCCUUAUACCGGAGGAAUGGUCAACCCUAAAUAGAUUUUCUUUUUGAGUUAUAAUAUAGUAUAGUAUGAUAUUAUUGAGAAUAAGUGAGACAUGCAUGCUCGCAAAAGUAGGAUAUAUACAAUCUCUUCUCUUGCGAAUUUUGUCUCAAUUUGUAUCGAAGGGUGUCUUUUAUUCAUUAGAAAUUAGUAUGCCACCUAUGACAUAUACGAAUUUUCGUAUCUUGAAAGUAA